GCAUUGCUAUUUUGUCCAUCUGUCGGUUAGCUCUCUUCGUAGUUAUCAACUUUGAUGUCGUUCAAUCCCAAUUCUUCGUUCUGUUCAAACGAUCGUUCAUACCUUGUGAUCUUCAAACCAUCGUCCGGUAUAGUCGGAUCGUCGUGUAAGCUCUGCACGUAAGAAUUCCCAGCUGGAUCGUCCAAUAUUAUUGUGACACUGCGUUUACUGUCUAACACCUCGUUUAGUUUGCCGACAAACUGUUCGAGCGAGUGUUGCGCCAUAGAUGGGGCAUCGCCUAUGACCCCCGGGUUUUCACCGAGUUGCGUGGCGGUGGCCCGCAGCAGCCCCUCCGCGGUGGUAAACCUCCCCCCCAGGGCCCUGCCCCCCACUUCCAGCUCCAAUUCUGGUAUUUCCAUACUGCAAGUCUCCGACUUCAGUAUGUCCCUAGAGAAAUCCUCUUUUCCAGCCACCCGGACCUCGAACCUUACACCUUUGUCUUCAACCCCUCCACCGGAUUUCACCUCAUUAGUUCUGUGUCCGCACGCGUCACAAACUGUGGCCAUUAUCACAACUUCCUUGAAAUGUGGUAUGUUCGUCAGCUUCAUGUUGGUGUCAGCGACUGCAUUGCAAUCGGGACAGUUGGUUGUAAACCUCAACACUUCGUCUUUGGACAGUUGGUCGUAUGACGCUAUAGAAGGAUCUGCAGGAGCCAGCAGGGCGUCCGAGGUUAGAGGCAGCUUGGGGGAUGGGGUAUCGGUCACCUCUUCAUGUGAGAAUAUGCCAAGUGCAUGGUCUUGAUCCUUCGUCCGUCUGAAGUCGGUCCGGUCACAACGGGCAUCUUUACGGGGUGCAUCUGGAUUCUCUACGAAGCAAUUACCGCUAAUAUCUUCCAACUCCAAUGUCCACCGUGACUGCACUGUCUUCAAGGCUUGCAGUCGUUCGAUGAAAGAGUCGAUUUGCUGAGCAGCUUCAGGAUGCUGCAAUCUUCUUACCACCUGGUCUUGACUUAAGCCUUGUAUGGCUCGGGAGACUAUACCUUCGACAGUUGUCACUUCUCCUUUCUGGCUCUGUGCCGGUAUCUCCAAAUCGACUUCGGGUAUCUUGAUGGCAGUGUAGUCACUCUUCACCACUUGUCGAUUCAGGUCAGAGGGAUCCUCAACAUGUAACUUCCAGCGAACUCCCAGCUCUGCGUAGGCCCCUCCUGGCUGUAUUUCAUUAUUCUCGUAGCCGCACUUCUCGCAGGAAAAGGACAUAAUGACAACAUUCUUGUAGUAUGGGAUCUUAGUAAGCAGCAGGCGAGUUGUACCAUUGGCGUGACAUUCCAUGCACAAAGAUUCAAUCUCGGUGACUUGCGGCUCCGGGUCUUCACCAGAGAGAUCCUUGAACACCUGUUUCUGUUCUACGGAACACAUUUUCAUUGAACAACUGCUGAUUAUUUAUUAAUUAUGAAAGAAAACACG